GCGCUUCUCAGUGCCAUCUUCGUGAGUGCCGCCAUCCUCAACACCUCGCUACUGAUUGUCCUCUGGAGACAGCGCAAGCAGAUGUCCAGGAUGCGCGUUUUCGUGUUUAACUUGUGCCUGGCAGACCUGGUGGUCGCUUUUUUCCAGGUGUGUCCGCAGCUCCUCUGGGAUAUCACGGACAGAUUCGUCGGCCCGGACCUAGUAUGCCGUAUAGUGAAAUACCUGCAAGUUCUCGGGAUGUUCUCUUCAACUUAUAUGAUUGUGGUGAUGACAGUCGACAGAUACCAGGCUGUGUGUAAUCCAAUGGUGAAGUUUCAGAGGACGCGCACUAGACUGAACAUCCCCGUGUGCGUCGCCUGGGGCAUUUCUCUGCUGGGCAGCCUGCCCCAAGUUUUCAUUUUCUCCCAAGUAGAAGUAACACCCGGUGUGUUUGAUUGCUGGGCCGAAUUCAUCCAGCCAUGGGGGCUGCAAACUUACAUAACGUGGACCACUCUGGUCAUUUUCAUUUUGCCUGUCAGCACGGUUGUUGUUUGCCAAGUGCGCAUCUGCCGAGCCAUCCAGAUCAACCUUCACCAAAAGACUCACAAGCAGGGGAGCGUUGGCGUCCCGUUGCCCUCCAGAGCCAGUGGAGUGGCCGGUAUGUCUAAGGCCAGGGUGAAGACGCUGAAGAUGACGGUGGUCAUUGUGGUGGCUUACAUUGUCUGCUGGGCUCCAUUCUUCAUCGUCCAACUGUGGUCUGCCUGGGACAAACAUGCGCCAAAAGAGACUGCAACUUUCACCAUCCUGAUGUUGCUUGCCAGCCUGAACAGCUGCGCAAACCCCUGCAUCUACCUUCUGUUCAGUGCUGAGUUUCCAAAGAGGCUUGUUGCACUCCUGUGUAGGCGGCAUUCUGAAGGUAAAGAUUCAAUACACGAAGACGCAACUCUCGUCAGCACUUUGUAUAUGAGCUUCAAAAAUGUCUCCGAGUCCAAGUGAGGGAAUUGACAUCUUACUGGAAAGAAGAAAAAUCGACGGCGAGAAGCGGUGAUGCCUUCGCACCGAGAUUCGAGUUUGGCAGCGAAACGAAGAAUAUGUUAGACUAAAUUUGUCUGGAUUUCUGAUCUGUUCAUUUAUCACUUGUCAUCGACAAUUUCAGUCAUGACAAACAUGCCAAGAAUGGGUGGACACGAGUAAGAGCUGCAAUACAGAUUAUAUUGGAAGUUGAGAGUAGAGGGGAGUCGAUUAAGUUAUUUUGUGCUGCACACUUUGAGAAAGAACCAGUAUUAGAAGUGUUGGACUCAAAUAAGACACAUUUUCGCUGAAAUUGUUUCAGAUAUUAUUUAAACGUCACAAGUUGGACUGGAGUAGCAUGCUGGUCCUUGAAAAAAUGUGUAAGAGUAAAGAAGUAUUUGAGGUAAAAACAAAGUAAACAAAAAUCUUCCGAAUUAUAAUGCAACAUCAUUAUUUACAGUCUUUCAAGAUGAUGUCAAAGGUAGGUGUAGUAAAUGUUGCAUCUGAGGCUUAAUUUACUGUUAAGAGAGAUCCUUUUUUUUCCAUCGAUGCUGCUGAGAUGUGAAAGAGGAGGUGCAUUAAAAAGGAGGUGCAUGUUUCUACCUUUCAAAGGUAAUUUGUUUUGUACAGUAUUUAAAAAAUGUGAGCCAAUUCUGUUUAUGUUCCCUGUGGUGAAUAAAUGUUUCAUUGAGUCUACAGAACAAGUGUGGAAUAAAGUCAUAGUGACA